UUUUUCAUUUAAUUUAUUUAUCUUCUUUUCUCUAAUCUCUAAGUUCUCUCUCUUCCCCCCAAAAAAAGAAACCUUUCAAACCCCCCACCGAAUUCAAGAAAUUUAAGAACUGGGUUUUCAGUUAGAUUCCCCAUUGAUAAACACAUACCCUCUUUUUCUCUUGAUCUGAUUCAAUCUUAUUAUUUACAGAACUAAUAGCUAUGGAGCCACGAUUCUUUGAGCAUGACAUGCACUUUGAUGCUGAAGAAGAUUUGACAGUCAAGCAGAAAUGGAAAUCUGUCUCGGCGGCAACAGGCCUUUCAGAGGAUGAUGAUGACUGUUUUAGCUGCAACAUAUGCUUAGACUCAGCAAAUGACCCUGUUGUUACUCUCUGUGGUCACUUGUACUGCUGGCCGUGUAUUUAUAAGUGGCUGCAGGUCAAACGAACUUCUUCAGAUGUUGAUGAACAGCAGCAGCAGCCUAGCUGCCCUGUUUGCAAGGCUAACAUUUCUUCUAAUUCCAUGGUUCCCCUUUAUGGUCGUGGUACAUCCCAAAGUAAUUCAGAAACAAAGAAGGGCUCGGUAGAUGCAGCCAUACCUCGGAGGCCUCCUCCCGCAAUGAAUACAUCAAUCACUAAUACUUCUCAGCUAAGUCAGCAGCUUCAUCCAAACUUCUUUCAGUCACAUUCACAGUCACAACCGCAGUCCUUUCAUCACCAACGAUAUUUCACUGAUCGUUAUGGAGGUUAUGGGGCGUUGGCCUCGACCAAUCUUGGCGCUGCAGCAAUGACACAAAUUUUCAGUCCUAUGAUCGGGAUGUUCGGGGAGCUGAUAUUUUCGAGAACUUUUGGGACUUCGAACACAAGUUUGUUUGCUUACUCUUACCCAAAUUCUAACUCUCUUAUGGGAAGUUAUAAUAGUCCUAGGAUGAGAAGGCAGGAGAUGCAGCUUGAACAGUCUUUAAAUAGGGUGACCAUCUUUCUUCUUUGUUGCAUCAUUCUGUGCCUUCUCUUGUUUUAAUAACAUUAAUUUUCAGCUUCUGUAUAUUUGUAAAAAGUGAGAAAAUUAAGCACCGGACAUACCCACAGGGACAUAGACAUUGUUAGAGGUUUUGCUGGAAACUCAUCUCAUUUGUGAGAUUUCCGUUUGGUAUCUCUAUGUGUAAAUAAUAAACUCAUUCAUUAGUGGGAAUUACCCCUUAUUUCUAUUGCAAUAAUAAAAAAAAUGAAUCGAAUUAAA